GUAACUUUUCACUCUUUGUAGCGACAGGUGGCGAGGUGUUAUUACAUUUCAAAGCCUGUGGUUGAAUUGACACGGAAAUUGAAGAGUGUUUUUGUGAUUCUGGUUACAUAUUGAUAAGAUUUCUUUAUUUAAAAGGUUAUAUUUGAAGUGACACGGAAUUUCACGAGUUAUUUUAAGGUUCUGACGGAAUAACAAGACUACACUGCUGUUUUCAUGUCUCCACAACAUCUUAUUACUGGAGUAAAGCCAGAAAACUGAACCACAGAGGAACUGCUACAUAAUCAAGGCGCCUCCUAUCUGCCCCGACAGGUAUGGGGUAGGCUGGCCGAGUCUGAAGCUGCCCCUGACUGGCCAGCAUACGCCCCUUGAUGUCUGCAAGGCCGUGGUGAAGCAGACGAGGACUCAAGGAUUCUGGAAGAGGAGUGAGGAGAUGAGAAGAAAAAUUGGAGGAGGAGAAUGAGGAAUGGAGCCAACAGAGGAAAGCCUGGAAUUAAAACUACUGAGAAAACACUGUAAUAGAAGGAAAGGGAAGCCGUUUGAAGGAUAAGGGUAAGGAGAGGCAGGACAGUCAGCAGGAUCAGGAAACAUGCCGAGGAGUCCUUCCAAGAGAGGGCAGCGGGAGGAGAAAGACACCACGGCCCCUCAGAGUGUGGCCAGGAGUGUGCACAAGAUUGCCUUCAUCAAUGACUCCCUCCUGUCCUCCAACAGCGCUGAGGUGGUGCGGCUCAGGAACCCCCACACGGAUGCCGGCAGUAUGUACAUCAUCGACAGGGAGCAAAAGGCAGUGCAUGAGAUCAUGGCCUUUGACGAAGGAUUCAGAUGUUGGUUCAUUGGCCAGGUGGUGGAGUCCAGUGGGAAGCUGCACAUGAUCUCCCCUGUGGAUGUCACCUAUCUCAUCCUUCCCUACCUCAUCAAGGCUUCCAGAACUGUACCACUGGAACACUUACUGGAGGACAAAGAGUUUCCAGACAUCUCCUGCCUUGACUCCAUAGCUCUGGACAAGGACUUCUCACACAUAGCAGAAAAUAAAGGAACAUCCGAUCUGAGUGUGUGGAAGUACAAUGAGGAGAAGACUCUGGCGUGGCUGUCUGGCAGAGUGGAACGCCUCUCCUCCCUUCUGCAGGAUAAGAAAGUACCAACCAACACUGCCCAGAGCCUCACCUAUGUUUGUCCUAUGAACCCUGUGCAGGCAAAGGAAGCCUACACAGUCCUGGCACAUGGCAUCAUAGCAGAGUACAUUCCCCCAGAGCUCGCCACUAAGCUUCACAAACACCUGAAGCUUCCUGAUAAGAAAGUGAAGCCAAAGGUGCUGGGAAGUGCAGAGAACCAGGGAGCAAAGAAGCAGAGGCUGGAGGGACCCAUGGAUGACUAUAGCAAGGAUAACACUGCUGCUGUCAAGGGCAAGGUAGCGAUGUCAGCCAAGGAGAAAGCUUUGGCCAAGUCAGCGGUCGGCUCAAAAAGCAUCUUGUCGUUUUUUGGAAAGAAGUGAGGUUUGUCUUGGUGUUCUGGUUUGUUAGUACUAAAUUUUGUCACUUGGGUUUCCAGAUAUGUGGUUUUAGCUUAAUUUAAUGAUAUUGUUGUGUUUUGGAGGAGGUUGCUAUCAUGUAUUUUUCCUUAUUAUUAUUAUUAUUAUUUAUUUAUUAAUUUGACUUUAUUAUUAUGUUGUGGAGAAGGUUGUUAUCUUGUGUAAUUUCUCUUUUUUAUUUUUUAUUUUUUUGCUUAAUUCAACUUUAUUAUACUGUUUUGGAGAAGAUUGCUGUUUUUUUUAUAUAUAUUUUUCUCUAUUGUGUUAUUUUACUUUUUUUUUUUUUUUUUAGCUCAAUUUAAUUUUAUUUUUUUGGUUUGGGGAAGAUGUCUUGUUAUUUUUUCUCUAUUUUAUCAUUAAUUCAUGAGAUGGGUUUCUUUUUUAGCAUAAUUUAACUUGAUUGUUGUUUUUGAGAAGGUACCUAGUUAUUUUUUCACUGUUUCAUUGUUAUUUUUAUCUUGUUUCUUUUUCUCUAAUUAUUUUACUAGAUGGUUUUCUCUUUUUAGCUUAAUUUAACAUUAUUUUUGCAUUUUGGUGAAGGUUUUUAUUUAUUAUUAUUUUAUUUUAUUUUUUUAAUUGGUGAUUCAUUGCAGGGUGUUUGGAUGGGUCACUUAUCCUAACUCCAUCACUUGAGUUUUUAAGAUAUCUUGUCUGGUCUUUGCAAUAUUUUCCUUUUUCUCUUAUUUAUUAGUCAUUCAUUGCAGGAUGUUUGGAUGGUUCAUUGAGUUGUAAAGAUAUCUUGUUGUCUGGAAUUGUUGAUAUUUUUUUUUUUUUUUUUUUUUUUUCUAUUGGUCAUUCAUUGCAGGAUGUCAUUGCAGGAUGUUUGGACGGGUCACUUAUCUAACUCCAUCAUUGAGUUGUAAAGAUAUCUUGUCUGGAAUUGUUGAUAUUUUCCUUUACUUUUAUCAUUGGUCAUUCAUUGCAGGGUGUUUAGAUGGGUCACUUAACCUUAACUAAACUUUAUCUUGUGUCUGGAAUUAGUGAUUUGUAUUUUCCUUUUGUUUAUAUGCGAACUUUAUCAAUCAUCCACAAUCCACCACAAUUCCCCUUGAACGAUUAGUAUAAGCUAACAAAACCUUACCAUUGUUGUACUGCCUUGCGAUUCAUUGAUACCGGUUCGUGUCUGCCUGUUCGUCUGUCAUGUCCGCCACUCUCUCACAUCUUGUCAGUUAUGAGAGACAUUCUGUAGAUUAUUUUGUUUGUAUUCUGGAUGUCAUCUUGCUGUGUCCUGGAGCUAUGAUGGUACUGCUCCCUGUGUGACUGUGUGAUCUGUAACUAAGGUAGAAUGAAGGAAAGAAGGUAUGUAUGGUGUGUGAUGUGUAGCUGAGGUGGAUAGU